CGUGUGUCUGUGGGAAGCGUUCAGUUGUAGCUGACAGAAGCGCGGCGUGGGCCAAAGCCAGUGGCCAAAGCGAAAUCGGUGGUGCCACUACAGUAGUAGUAGUAGUGGAAGGUGUAAAACUGGGAGAAAAACGGGAGAGAGAGAGAAAAAAGAGGAGGGAGGAAUUUUCUUCUUCAUUCAACUCACUCCUCCAUCAAUUCCUCUUUCUAUUCUUCGCCAAGUGCUGUGUGUUUUUUCGACACAGCUCUUCGGGGAUUUUAGCCUGCUACAACUUGCUGGACUUUGAACCCCGAUCUACAGACUCGCUCUUCAAGGAAUCCAGCCCCCCCCCCCUCAUCGCGACCGCUGAUCGUGAAAGGCUCUUGAAGGACCCUUGAGAUGUCCAGACGCGACUGUUUCCUCGUGUCCAGAACCCUGUACUUCCAUCUCCUUACCGGAUCAGCGUCUUCUUUCUGACUCGUCUGUGGGUGUCUGUGUGUGUGAGUGUGUGUGUGUGAGGGGAGCAGGCACUGGGCUCUGUCUUGUCUGGAGAAAGAGCGAGAGAGGUCUUUUCACAACGAGCUUCUGUCGAGAGUUGGACGGACGGGCACACGCUUUCAGAAUCUGUGACAGUUGGAGUGGGAGUGGGAGUGGGAGGAGGAGAGGAGGAGGAGGAGAGCGUCUGUGUUUUAAAGUCGUUUAAGAAGAGGAGAGGAGGGAAAGGAAGACAGAGUAGGAGAAAGAGAGAGUGAAGUUGGGAAAUUGUACAGAGUAUAAAUUUGACACGAGGGAAAAUAGGUAGAGAGAUAAAAAGAAGAGAUCGAAAAUUAAAGGAAGCAAGACGGGAUAUAGAUAGAAAGAAGCUCACAGUACGGGUGAACAGAAAAGAAAGACAGAAGAAGGACAGGGGGAAUAAAAUCAAACAAAAUAUAGAACACACAUUGACAGGGAAGAAAACAGGUAGACAUUUGAAAGAACGAUAAAAACACACGUGCAAAUUCUACCCUAUUAGCAACGAAAUAAAUUCUCUCUUUACAAUUUAUGAAAGGCCGAUAACACAUUGAAAUAAAUAAAACAAUUGGAAGACAAAGAUAAAGCCAUCCUAAAUAUUUCUCAAAUGAAUAAAUAGCAGCAGCAAAAUACGGACACACUCCUCGCGGAAUUGUUUGCAGACGAUCAGCAUCUCCCUCCAGUGACGUCAUUCUUCCCAUUCACCUCAUAAUUCUAUCUCCACCUCCCACAGUGAUGUAAUUAGCGGGACACAAACGUUCCCACACAGCUCGCAGGGGUCAGCAACAAAGCCAGCAGCAUCAGCAGAGGCGGCCUCUGACCUUUCACCUCGUCGCCCUGAUCGCCCCACCCCACGCGCACUCACCCACUGACUGCCUUCUGCCUAUGUGGACAUAACUUCUCUCUAGCGCAAACACAUUGUGUUCGAUUUGUUAGUGUUGGUCGCUGGCCGGCGGUUCACGGGUUUGAUCUUCUGGGGUCGUUAGCGGUUUGCUAUAAUUUGACCUUCUGAGGUCACCAGCUGUAUACACUUUGACCCGCUGUAGUCAUCGGAUGUUUACCUUUUGACCUUCUGGGGUUCACGGCAGUGUACAUUUUGACCCUCUUGAUCACCUAAAGUAUACUUUUUGACCUUUUUGGAUCACCGAAAGUAUACCCUUUGACCUUGUUUGGUCACAGAAAGUGUACACUUUGAUCUUUUUGGGAUUAUCAAAAGUAUACUAUUUGACCGCUUGGAUAUACUGUUUGACCUUGUUCAGGUCACCGACCUUCAACUGUACAAGUUGCCCUUCUCCUCACAAAUAUAAACAGGCCCGGAGGUUUGCCACUCUUAACCGGAAGCCUGGUCUCCCAGUUUUCCCGCCAAAAUGCCGUCGAAAAAGGCGUACGACCUGGUCUCAGACGACGGUUACGACAGUCGGAUUCCUUUACACAAUGACGAGGCUUUUCAGCACGGACUACAAUUCCAGGCAAAG